CGGCCUACAGACGAGCAACCUAGUUGACAACUUGGUUGUCAACACGGCGUGUUGACAACCAAGUUGAACGUCUGUGGGCCGGUUGGUGGUUGAUAUUCCAAGUUGACAACUAGGUUGCUGUAAGAUCAAAUCGGUUUGAUAUUCGAUGGGCGGAGUCCGAUGUUGGCGAUAAAAUUGCAGCGUCUGUGGGGGUAAUCAGCAACGCGCAUGGCAACAUCAGUUGGAGUUGUCGACGUGUAGAGGGAAGAUCUCAUCGUUUCUGAAUUCAACGCACGCGUAAACCAUGAGCAAUAUUCCAAAUAUACCAAUUUGGGCGGAUUUCUUCGAGUGUUUGAGAGAUCUGCCCGAAUUAUGGAAAGUAAAGUCCGAUGUAUUCAAAGAUCGGAAUAAAAAGAAUAGAGGGUGGGACACACUUUUAGAAGUAUAUAAAAAAAUCGAUCCAAAUGCGCAUAUUGACAGUUUAAAGAAAAGGGUGAACAAUAUAAAAUCAACCUACAGGCGAGAACUAAAAAAAGUGGAACAGAGCAAGAGGUCUGGAGCCGGUGCCGAAGACGAAUAUAUUCCAAACCUCUGGUACUACGACAAAGUUGACUUCUUGCGCGAUCAAGAGAUACAAAUUCCUGGAAUUUCGACAAUGGAAACUGAGCAAUCCGAACGGGAGGAUGUUGAAAAUGAGCAGGAAGGCAGUUUACUCCAAAACAUCGAAAGUGAACCUGCACCUGAGAGUUCCACUUCCUUCUCACCAACACCGAAGAGGAAGAAGAAAUCUAUGGUGCAACACAUGUCGGAAAGGAAUGAUCUUUUGAAGGAAGCACUAGGAAGAUUGUCAGACCGGAAAAAAAACACGGACGAGGCUGACACUUUUGCCGAGAGUUGGGCUACUUCCUAUAGAAAAUUAUCUCAUAGGCAAAAAAUUUUUGCCAAAAAAGCAAUUGAAGAUAUUUUUGCGUUGGGACAAUUAGAGUUGUUGUCCUUCAAUUCGGUCGACACUUCCUGUGCUUCUAGAACAUCAUCGACAGGUCCCACGACCUCAUCAUCGCACUACACCUCAAAUACACCUUCGCCCAUUUCAGAAGCAACAGCUUCAUAUACAACGAUGGAAAAUGUUCCAUAUACGAAUAUAGAGCAACUGUUUUCCGAUGACAAUUAUAUUUGAACUAUUAACAAAAUAUCAUUUGUUAAGAAGUUGUCCCUUGUUAUUUCUGAGUUUAUAUUUUUUGUUUUUGUAUAUAUUUUCUUGA